UGGCUUCAGAUCGCUCGAAAAGAUAUCCCUCGAGUCAGUAAAAUACAGCAGGCAGCUAGCCAGAGUCGAUUGAUGUACGCCAAACGGCUGUGUGCCUUGGUUAGUCGUGAGGGAAGACGGAUAAUCGUCCGCACAAAAGCAUCCAAGGAAGUGCAAAUAAAGGCCAAGCGAUUGAUGAGAGAGUUACUGGUCUAUUACCGUGGGAAUGAGAAGCGUGAAAGGGAAACUAAGAGGAAAGCGGAUAAGGAGGCAGUCGAGCGAGCUAAGAAAGAUGACGAAAUGCGCGAAGUCAAACGUCAGGCUCGCAAACUCAACUUCCUCAUCACGCAAACUGAGCUUUACUCGCACUUUGUGGGCAACAAAAUCAAAAAAGCAGAAGAAAGCGAAGAGACCGCCGGCGCUGCCCCCAUCGCUGGUGAUCAACCUGUAACUGUGGCCACAAGUACUGGAGCGACUGUUCAACUGCCCGAUGACUUGGCGAAUGGCGGCGCGGAGGCUGAUUUGGCAGCUCUCAAUUUCGAUGAUGGUAAGUAUUCCCAUCUACAUACUCGAACGCCGAGAUUCGUGUCAUCUAAUCUUAUGCUGAUGGCAGAGCUCAAAGAAUAUCAGCUGAAGGGUUUGAAUUGGCUGGCAAAUCUGUAUGAACAAGGUAUUAACGGUAUUCUUGCAGACGAGAUGGGACUCGGAAAGACGGUGCAAUCUAUCUCAUUGAUGGCGUAUUUAGCCGAAGUGCAUAACAUUUGGGGACCUUUUCUAGUCAUCGCUCCGGCUUCUACCCUACAUAAUUGGCAGCAAGAGAUCACAAGGUUCGUUCCGGCUUUGAAAGCACUGCCUUAUUGGGGUAGCGUCAAGGACCGAGCGAUUUUGCGAAAGUUUUGGAAUCGGAAACAUUUACGGUAUGAUCGGGAGGCCCCGUUUCAUGUGGUCAUCACCAGUUAUCAAUUGGUAGUACAAGAUGAAAAAUAUUUCCAGACCUUGAAAUGGCAAUACAUGAUUUUAGAUGAAGCACAAGCCAUCAAAAGCUCAAGUAGUACACGUUGGAAGACUCUGCUUGGGUUUCAUUGCAGAAAUCGGCUACUAUUGACGGGUACCCCGAUCCAAAAUUCCAUGACUGAACUUUGGGCUCUGUUACAUUUCAUCAUGCCACAGUUGUUUGACUCACAUGAAGAAUUCAGUGAAUGGUUUGCGAAGGACAUCGAGAAUAGCGUCGACAAGGCUGGAGGAAUGAAUGAACAUCAGCUACGAAGAUUGCAUAUGAUUCUCAAACCGUUCAUGCUUCGAAGAAUCAAGAAGAACGUGCAGAACGAAUUGGGUGAUAAGAUUGAGAUUGAUGUUGCUUGUGGUCUUACUCCUCGCCAGAAACUCAUGUACAGCCGGUUACGUGAGAAUAUGUCAAUCGCCGACUUGGUCCAAAAAGCUACUUCCUUAUCGAAUGAUGACGUGGCCGUCAAACGUUUAAUGAAUCUUAUCAUGCAAUUCCGCAAAGUAUGUAAUCAUCCAGAGCUUUUUGAACGUGCGGAUGUCACGGCACCUUUAUCGUUUGCUGGCUUUGGCGUCACAGCAAAUGUGGCACGAGAUGGGGAACUUUUGGAGUGUGCUUACUCGACUCGUAGCAUGAUCGACUUCACUAUUCCGAAAACAGUGUAUCGAGAAGGGGGAAUGCUGUCCGUGCCUGGUUCAUCAUCUCGCGCUGGGUUCGAUACACUUUAUCUGGAUCGAUUAAUGAACAUUUGGUCGACACCGAACUUACUUGAAGCCGCUUCAGAUGGAUGUCUAGUUCCAUCAUGGGCUAGGUUGCUAGAUUUCAGUAUUGGUGAUAUACAACGCUUGGCACACGACCCCACAGCAAAACGCAUACCUUGGCUUCUAUUCUCAUCUCUAGAAACCAACGGUAUUUUGGGAGCUUCUUCGACCGAUCAAUUACCUCGUUCUUUCAUGGAAGUACCUCAAUUAGAGAAACUAAUGCUCGACUCUGGUAAAUUAGCAAGAUUGGAUAGUCUGUUACAAGAACUCAAAACAGGUGGACAUCGAGUCUUGAUCUACUUUCAGAUGACAAGGAUGAUUGAUUUGAUGGAAGAGUAUCUUAGCUUUAGACAUUAUCGUUAUCUUCGACUGGAUGGUAGUUCAACCAUCAGUGAGAGAAGGGAUAUGGUCAUGGAUUGGCAAACACGUCCGGAGAUUUUUAUCUUCUUGCUAUCGACUCGUGCUGGUGGAUUAGGUAUCAACUUGACUGCUGCAGAUACAGUAAUUUUCUAUGAUUGUGAUUGGAAUCCAUCAAACGAUCAACAAGCUAUGGAUCGAGCACAUCGACUGGGACAAAAGCGACAAGUGACAGUAUAUCGAUUGAUUACAUCAGGUACAAUUGAUGAACGUAUACUUAAACUGGCACGAACGAAGAAGACAGUGCAAGACGCAGUAGUAGGCUCAAGUAGUGGGGCAAAUCCAAUGUCGGGAAGUAGCGGAGAUACAGCGAAACCGAACGAAGUUGUAUCCUUGCUAUUAGAUGAAGAAGAAUUAGAGGCUGGACUUCGUGCUCAGGCUGCUAAACGAGAGGCUUUGAAAGAAAAGCAGGUUCAAAACGGAUUACGUGAGUCCAUCUUUUUUUGUUACACAAACUAUAGAAUACACUCGUAUUGA